AGUGACAAAGACAGAUUGAUCGCUACUGUCAUACUAAAUUGGCAAAUGUGAAAUAAAAAAGACGAUAAUCUUUUUAUUUAGUUUUUAACUCUCCGGAAGAAGUUCGUGGAAAAUCUUGAUAAACGAUCUGUGUUCUCAGCAAACUAUUGGGCUCAAACUGUUAUCUCCAGGAAGAGUGUUGCGUCUUCAACGUCUUAAAAUGAAGGUGUUGCUGGUGACGGCGGCGGUGAUGGUGCUGGCGGUGACGGGGGAGAACGAGGCCCCAGUCAUCUGCUCCAUGUGUGUCUUGACCUUCAGCCCUAUGAUGUCGACUGUACCACUACUGACAUGAGGAAGAUACCGGACAUGAGCCGCGACAACUUCACCAUCCCCUGGGAACUGGACUUCUCUAACAACCUCAUACAGGAAGUGACACAGUUUCCUCUCCUUCCCAACAUGGUGAAUCUUAUAUUCAGGAGGAACAACAUCAACAAGCUGUCAGACGAGGCCUUCAAGAACCUACCUGACCUAAAGAUCCUCAUCCUCCAGAACAACAACUUGACGGUUGACAGCCUAAACGAGAACGUCUUUAAAGGGAAAUACAACGACAGCUUCCUCGAGCCUCUAGCCCUGGAGGAGUUGGACCUAAGCUAUAACCAGAUCAGUAGCUUCAAGAGCCACACCCUGAAGCACCUGCCCUACCUGAAGCGGCUCUUCCUCUCCCACAACCCCAUUACGGACAUCUCCUGGGCCAUGGGAGCUGCCAUCAACGAGCUACACAACCUGAGGGAGCUCGACCUCUCCCAGACGGGGUUAAACCGACUACCAAACCACUUCUUGACCGAUCUCAGGAACCUGCAGGUACUGACACUGGCGGAGAACCGGUUCACGACGGUGCCCUCGGAGAUCAACUACGCUCGUAACCUCGUCCACCUCAACCUGAACGCCAACCCCAUCGUGAGCAUCAUGACGGGAGACUUCCAAGCGGGGUUGUCGACGCUACAGGAGCUGCAGAUGUGCGCUAUGCCCGACCUCAGGAACGUGGGGGCUCAGGCCUUCUCCAGUCUCUCGAGCCUGAAGGUGCUCCAGCUCUCAGACAACCCCCUGCUCUCAGUCAUUGACCGUAAAGCCUUCUACCCCGUAAUGGAUGACAAAUUGGCUCUUCAGGAGAUCCACAUCCAGAACAACAACUUGAUGGCACUGCCGGAGGACCUAGUGCCGUGGUUGAGACUCAAGUAUGUGGACAUCCAGAACAACCCCUGGAACUGUGACUGUCACUUCAAAUGGGUGGCGACCAAGCUCAUUCCAGACCUGGAGGCCAAAAACCCCGAUAGAACUCUCUCUAUUAUCUGCGCCGAGCCGAUAGAGGACCGCGGUAUGCCAGUCUCCGACCUCCUGAACCACUCCAUCAACUUCGAGUGCAUGGCGCCGCACCCCUUCGUGAAUAAUGAGGGACGGUACGGGGCGCUCAUCGUCAGUACCAUCGUCGUCGGGGUCAUCCUAAUGCUCACCGGCACCCUCAUCUUCUCCUACGUACUCUUCAAGAGAACCAGGAAUGGUCAGAUGUUUGGAGACACUAUCAAGUACCGUCGAGCUCACAAUGAGGACGAGGAAGCCACGAGCCAGACCGUCCACUCCUAGAACCACCUGGGGGCUGUCGUGAACCACCUGGGGCUGUCGCGAACCACCUGGGCUGUCGUGAAUCACCUGGGGGCUGUUGUGAAUCAUCUAGAAUCUUCAUGAACCACCUAUGGACGUCAUCAACCACACGGCAAAUUGUAAACCAUCCAAGGUAUCAUUGAACCAUCAAGGGACCAAAGUGAACCACCUUUGGAACCAGAUUACAAUGAACCUCCCUUAUGAGUAGACCAAAAUGAACCCCACUUAUGACCAGACCAAAAACGAACCCUUGCAGCCAGGAGUUAAACAAGAAUGCCUCAAUCGAUUGGUGUCACGCGGAUUCGGAUUAGUGACGAACACAUUAUUUUUGUUUGCGGAUUCGUUCUGUGGGUUUGUAGUCUUGUUUGUUGUGCCUCACUUGUUGUAUGAACGCACCCGAGAACCUGCUCAAAUGUCGCCGCGUCUGAAAUUUUCUUUUUGGGGGGAGAGGCCUGGGAGUGGGGGAAUGGGGGGAGUUGGGGGGGAGGGUGCGCGCGUUUGUUGUCACAUAAUUAAAUGAAGCUUCAGGUACCCCGAGCUUAUUUCACCUGAUAGUUGAACUACCUUAACGCUAACCUAAGCUAAUGUAAUAUAGGCGAAUUUUUAUUUAAAAUAAACUUGACCUGAUAUAAUUUAAUCCAAUCAAACCAAGCCUAACCUAACCUAACCUAACCUAACCUAACCUAACCUAACCUAACCUAACCUAACCUA